GUUACAAUCACAUGACUGUGGGUAAAACCAGCCGUUGUAAAAAUCUGUUGAGAAAGGGGGCGGUUAAGUCAACGUUAAUUUCGCGCACUGUUUAACCGCCGUGAGAUCAACCCCCGCUAGCCAGCUUAUUUGACAGCCGUGCAAACAUGAUGGCGGCUGAUCAAACUGUGCACGGAGUUCCUCCUUCACUGUCUGCCAAAGUGGUUGGGUCAUUUGCCUAUUUGACUGUGAGAGACAGGUUACCGACCAUCCUGACCAAAGUUAUAGACACAAUACAUCGCAACAAAAACAAGUUUUUUGAAGAAUAUGGAGAGGAGGGUAUCCGGGCAGAAAAGCAAACAAUAUCUCUGCUGUCUAAGAUGAGGAAUGAGCUGCAAACUGAUAAGCCAGUAAUAGCCCUGACAGACGGCCUGCAAGACACAGAGUCCUGGAACCAGUACCUGCAGAGACAGCAGAGACUGCAAGGGGACCAGGAGUCCGUCAGCUGGUUCAAGUCUCCAUGGCUUUAUAUGGAGUGCUACAUGUACCGCAGGAUACAGGAGGCCAUCUGGCUCAAUCCUCCCAUCAGUGACUAUGACGUCUUUAAUGACGUAAAGACUCAGAGCUUUUUUGAGUCUCAGCAGGCUGUGAUGACCUUAUGUACAUACUUGGAGGGCGUCAACAAGAACAUGGGGGAACUCUCUAAGAAUCAGCUGUUUGAGCAUUUUAACAAACUGCUACAGGUUUCUCUUUGGGGGAACAAAUGUGAUCUGUCUAUCUCUGCUGGUCAAGACAAUUCACAGAAGAAGAGUCCAAUAGAUUCCCUCAACAGCCUAAAGCCCUUCAUCUUGGUGGAUGACUCCAACAUGGUAUGGUCAACUCUUAUUUCCUCCCAGAGGCCGGGACAGCCAGGGAAAACCACUGCAGGCAGAGUGGACAUUGUUCUAGACAAUGCUGGCUUUGAGUUAGUCUCUGACUUUGUCUUAGCAGAUUUUCUGAUUUCCUCCGGUCUUGUCCGUGAGGUCCAUUUUCACGGCAAAUCCUUCCCGUGGUUUGUCUCUGAUGUCACAGCUAACGAUUUUCAGUGGACAAUUCGACAGACCAUGGCAGCCAAUCACAAGUGGAUGUCCAAGAGUGGUGUCCAGUGGCAGAGCUACCUGAAGGAGGGUGUGUGGUCCUAUCGUGACCAUCCUUUCUGGACACAGCCCAAUGAGUUCUGUGACAUGGCAGCUGAUUCUCCUGACCUGUAUGCGACUCUGCAGGGGGCAGACCUGGUGCUGUUUAAAGGGGAUCUCAACUACAGAAAGCUGACGGGGGACAGGGACUGGGAUCACACAGUGGGCUUCGAUACUGCGCUACGAGGUUUUGGGCCUGCACCACUGUGUAGCCUGAGGACCCUUAAGGCCAACAUUCAGGUCGGUCUGCAGCCAGGCCAAGGGGAGAAGCUCACCUCCCAAGAUCCAGACUGGAUGACCAGUGGCAAAUAUGCCGUCAUUCAGUUCUACAGCCCAAAGUCAGAACAGUAAGACUGACCUCAGGAUCUCACUGAGAAGACUUGGAUUCAUAAGAACAUUACAGUAAAAGGUACCAUAAGCAGGAGUUACCUUCAAGACAUAAGACCAUUAAGUUACAUGAGGUUGUUAAAUGGUGUGUUUGUUCCUCAUCGUUGGUUAGCACUUCAUCAUGUUUGAUACAGAAAUACACAGUAACAGAAAUAUUUAAUAAAAAAUUUCACUACAGAUUUGUACCAUGUCAUACUAAAAAUCUUAGCACUUUUAGAUCUAAAUGUUUCCCCAUGAUUUGAACACAACAAUUGUUUACUGUUACAAAAUUAUCCUCGGAGGUAACAAAUCAAGGUUGCUUUUUUAUUAUCACACAUAGCUUAUGUGUUGUGCACAAUGUAUUAAGUCGUAAUGUUUACAGGUUAAUAUAGAUGCUGUCAACAAUUAUUGUAUAAGAAUUGGGCUUUAUAAAUCUCUAUCCCAGAGCAGCAAUACUUCUGUUUUUGCAUGCACUUGAGAAGAGUGAUGAUAAACUUAAUAUAUAGUUAGCUAUUUUUAUUUGAAUUCAGCUCAGCUCAGGUUGUUUUACUGUUGCACUCAGUGUUAUUGAUAUGCAUGCAUCAAAACAUGCAAAGAAUUCACCUAUGGCAGAUCAUAACAUCAUUUGAAAACUCUUUUGCUCAGUUUGAAAGAUGGUAUUGGGGCAGUGUUACAGUGACAAUGUGUGCUUGUUUUGUUUAAAAUGGAAACCCAGACCUCUGUAUCUUCAUAGAAAAAAGUGGUUCCCUCUGUGCACAUUGUUAUGUCAUCUAAAUCCGCAUUGUCAGUGUCAGUACCUCAGAGGUGACGUUAACUGGAUUCUUCUCAGCGCUACUGGGGGAAAUAGAUUCAUUUUCACUAAUGGGUUUGAUAUAAUAAAGAACUGCAUUGACUGGC